AUGCCUUACACAGUCUACUCGUGCGGUUCCAAUGGAAAUUACCAGUUGGGUAAUGCCACCAGUGACGAUUGCUCGUGUCUCUCGCCCUCUCUUUUCAAUGGCAGCCUCACAAUCCCCACCCAGCCCGCUCAGAUCGUGUGUGGAGGCAAUCACACCUUGAUGCUCUUGGUCAAUGGCGAGGUCUGGGCCGCGGGUGACAACUCACACGGACAGUGUGGGAUAGCCGCUGAAGACUCACACAUACGGAUGUUUCGCCAGGUGCCACUCGGGGGCUUGGAGGUUGUCAGUGUCUCUGCAGGAUGGGAGUUCUCGGUGCUUGCGACUGCUCACGCGGUCUAUGUCUGUGGUUUAGGCUUAAAGGGCGAGCUAGGUCUUGGAAAGGGUCGAUCCCGAUCGCUAAAGCUAGGCGAGCCGUGGGUGAAGCUUGUUCUGUUUCCAACAACGAUUCUACUGGUGCACUCCUCGCUCUCGCACUCCGUUGUGGUUUUGGAGAACAACCUGGUUUAUGGUUGGGGGAACGGCCGAAGAGGCCAACUAGCGACUGCCGACGUACAUUGGGAGCCCGUUAAGGUGGAAUUCCCUGGGUCCCCGUUGACUACCAUCACGGACGUUUGUCUUGGUCGAGAGUUCACCGUUGUGAGCGGUAAGUCGGGGGAUGAAGACAUGAUUGUGUUCCUCGGAAGAGAUACCUUUGACAUACAAACGGGAUUGAAGGCAAAGCCUCAGCAUCGUCGAGCCUUGGCCAUGUGGUCAUCGGUGCACCUCUUGGGAGAUACAGUAGUUUCGCUCGGAAAUAACAGCCAUGGGCAGAUGUAUCCCGCAGACUCGGGUGGGGAUGCGAUUCACCGCUUUGCUGUGGGUAGCGAACACGGGCUUGUACAAUUUGAUAACCACAAGGUCUGGUCCUGGGGUUGGGGCGAACACGGGAACUGUGGUGAACAUAGUAAGCCCACGGAAAGCGUGACGUUUGACUACCUCAACCUCUUGCACGAUUUUGGCGAGACCAAAGUAGUGUUGAUUGAGGGCGGGUGUGCUACCAGCUGGGUAGUCUGCGAGAUUUCUGACACGGCUUAA